GCACUACGAAUCCCAGUUGUCUUCACACACCUCCCCUGCAGCUAAGAGCAGAGGCUGAAGGCAUGUGAUGCUAUACAGUGCGACAGAAAUCCGGCAGUGUUGCGAACAUGCAUUUCCUGUGCCUAUUGAGAGCUGCAGCAGCGUCCCUGGCCCAUGCAAAGGUGCAAGCGAACUGGGUCUGUUCUGCCAGGAAGGAUCCCUCUCCAGCCAUGCACCUCUGUGGUGAAUGCAGCAUGUCACUAGCACUUAUCAGUUAGGGAGCAGUAGGGGGCUCCUGGUUUUUUGGGGCUGCCUGGGCGGAGGGCAUAACCCUGCAGGUUUAGUGGGCAGCAUACGGUAUCAGGCUGGGGGCUGCCUUGCGGGGAGGAUUAGGUGUAGCUGGAGGGGCGAUGGCAGGAGGGGUGGUCCUGGUGCAGAGAGCCAACAGGGGACUCAGCGUGCACUUCUGCAAACACAUUUUAUCUGCAUGCAAAGAGGCAAGAGUGAUUGCUACCUGCAGGAUCCCCGAAGCAGCCAGCGCCUUACAAGCACUGCAAAGGCUGUAUCCCCAGAAGCUCACUGUGCUGCGGCUGGAUGCCUCUUGGGAGGCAGAGAUCCGAGAGGCAGCGGAAGCCGUGGUGAAGGAGCAUGGCCGGCUGGACCUACUCAUCAACUCUGGGGCAAUGUUGCACCCCAGCGCCAGAGGAGAGACGAGCCUGCAGGAGAUCUCAGCAGAGGGUCUUCCCAUAACAUUGGCAACAAAUACCAUAGGGCUCCUAGUGAUGGCUAAAUAUUUUGCCCCUCUGUUGCGGAAAGGAUCUGGAGCGUUUGGACAUCAGUUUGCUGACCAGGCCAAACGGCAUAGGACCAUACUGGUGAACCUGACAGCUAAAGUAGGCUCCAUAGGAGACAAUUCCUUAGGUGGAUGGUAUAGCUCCAGAAUGUCUAAAGCAGCUUUGAACAUGGCUACCAAGAAUCUCAGCAUUGAACUUGAAAGAGGGAAAACUAAGGUGGUGUGUGUUUCUUUGCAUCUAGGAACUGUGAAUACUGACUUAUCAAAGCCUUAUCACAGGAAUGUUCCCAAGGACAAACUGUUCACCCCAGAAUAUUCAGUUAAUUGUCUAAUGAAUAUUAUUGAGAACCUUGAUAUGGGGAAAACAGGAAAGUUCUUUGCUUGGGAUGGAUCUGCACUACCUUGGUAAAGACUUGUUUUAAUGGAGGCACCCCGGUACCGUGGAGAUGAGAGCAACAUAAAUACCUAGCUAGUUUAAUCUUUAGUAAACCUUUUGUUGUGGCGUAUGAUGAGAGCAUCCAAAAGAUAUUAGAUUUUAAUCCCAGUUCUGUCACUGACUUGCUGUAUGACUUUGAGCAAAUCUUAAAUUUCUCUGUGCCUCUAAUUCAUUAUGUGGUAAAUGGGGAUAAUACUUACCAACCUCAGGGCUCUUGAAGCUAAAUUUGUGGCACCUUAUAGACUAACAGAGGUUUUGGAGCUUUCGUAGGUGAAUACCUACUUCGUCAGUUGCAUCUGACGAAGUAGGUAUUCACCUAUGAAAGCUCAUGCUCCAAAACCUCUGUUAGUCUAUAAGGUGCCACAGGAUUCUUUGCUGCUUUUACAGAUCCAGACUAACACGGCUACCCCUCUGAUACUUGAAGCUAAAUUUGUUGAUGUUUGUAAAGGGUUUUGAGAGUCCCUAUGAAAGGUGCAAUAAAGUAUAGGGUAUAGUUAUGAUUUUAUUAAUGAUAAUAAAAGCAUACUACUAAUUAUUUGCUGCAAGGAUUUGUGUUUGUUUAUUCAGAUACCAUGCCUUGGUUUCUGUAAAUUGGGUGAGGUUAGAGAGAAAAGGGAUUACAUAGCAGUGAGUGACAAGUCAUUUCAAAAGGUGGUUGCCUGUAACCUUCUCUCUUUGUUUUUUAUGCUAUCAGUUUGAAAGGUGAUACAACAGUGCAGGACUGUUCUGAUCAAAUCAAAUCUAAUGGUGACGUCUGAUAGUGAUGGAAACAGAACUCAGUGUGCAAAGCUGUGAACAUUGGCUCCGUUUUGGGCAAGUCUACUGCAGACCUUUUCUUUCUCCCCACCUUUCUUUUCUCCUCUAUUGACAAAUGCCACAUUUAAAGGAUACUGGCUGCAGGGAACCCCCACCCUCUGCAUACAAACAGACACACCUCCCUUAAAAACUCAGGUGCUAACUGCAUUUGAAGUAUUUACCAUACAAUGAGAGCAUGAAUAAAAUUCUGAUUACAAUUUUGUCAUAGUUGCUCUGGCUUGUUUUCACGUGUUAUACCAAAGAAGAAAGAUUGGCAAGUUUCAGUGAGAUGUUCAUGUUGUUCAAAUGUAACUCUCAGUACACCUCUGCCUCGAUACAACACCGUCCUUGGGAGCCAAAAAAUCUUACCAUGUUAUAGGUGAAACCGUGUUAUAAUGAACUCGCUUUGAUCCAGCAGAGUGCGCAGCGCCCCCCCUCCCCCGGAGCACUGCUUUACCAUGUUAUAUGCAAAUUCGUGUUAUAUAGAGUGGUGUUAUAUCGAGGUAGUGGUGUACUUGGACUGGACAAUGUCAUCACAGGUUCAUAUUCAUUGGAGGCACAGAUACGUACUUAUUCUAAAAAUCAGGCCACUUACAGACUUACGUGAAAUUGUUGCUGCACAGUACACAUGAGAUUGACUUAAUGAGACCUGAGAAUGACUGACAAAUCUGUUAUACAGAUCACUCAGCAGUACCCUUUGCCCUGUGAACUUUGUCCAACUCCAGGAGAGGUACUAGAAAGCAGAAAAUCAAACAACUGGUGACGCGGGGAAGAUCACAUAAACUACGCCAAGCAUACUGUUUACAGUCCUUGUGUUUUGUUGUUCACAACCUGACUACUCAGAACUUUGAUCAUGCUGGUGACAGCUAAAUCACAUCACACUUGUGUAUAUGCAAAAUAAAGUUAUGAAGAUCUUCAUGGGGUAUUAAAAACAGGACAACAAAACAUUGAUGAAAAAUUGUUGAGGGGUUUCAGUGUGGUAGGCUCAGGGAGUCAGAACAAAAGUAAGUAACACAAAUGAGAGACAGCCGGCAGAAAUGAGAGACACACAUAAAUCCUUGUUUCUGUUAUAGAAUGCAAAGUGGGAGAAGUUUACAAGGGCCCAUGUCAUGAACAUACUGUAUGUGACAUGGAAGGUAGCAUAGUCUGAAGAAAUGAAAGCAUUUGGUUGAUAGGCAGUCCUGAGCUUUAGGCCCAGCUCUGCUAUUGACUUGUUUUGUUCAUUUCACCAUUGCUUCAGUUUCCCCAUCUGUAACAUGAAAAUAAUGAUGAUUUUUCAUUUUUAUAAAACGUUUUGAGAUCUAUGGACACAAAGUGCUAUAUCAGUAUUAAGCAUUAUUUAUUAAAAAGUCAGUAGGAUAUUAUACACUCCUCAUAUUGCCCAUGAAGGCCACGUGUAUGCUAUGAUUGAAACCAAGCUAGGUAUAACCAGGUUUACACUUGGUUGGUAGGAGGAUUACAGCAUGGAUUCUCUGAGCAGCCGAAACAAGGAUUCUAGCUUGGUUUCUCUGAUAAGGGAAAAGCUUUUUCUGAAAAAUGUUUUAUAAAACUACACUAGAUUACCUAGGAACCUAAUCUCCAGUAUUGUUUAGCCUACAUGAUUGUCAGAAAACAGUGUUUUCUCUCCUUGAUCUAGGAAUCUAACCCCUACUAGCAACAGUGUUGUUUUAAAACCAGAGUUAUUUUCAUUUGUUCUGAUAUGCAGGAGGUAGUCCACUCCGAAAAUUGAUUUGUUGGUAUGUGUUCAUUUUGUUUAAGUGACCAGAGGGUAGGGACCAUAGGUGCUGGGACUACAGGUGUGGGGAUGUUUCCGGAUACCCUGGCUUGAAGUGGUGUCCAUCAUAUACAGGGUUUACAGUUUGAUUCAAUGUCUCUCAGCACCCCCACUAUACAAAUUGUUCCAGCAACAAUGGUACAGACAUGAGGAAUGAAGACUGGCAUAGUUAAAAUGUAGAGGCCAUAAAACCAACAAUAGCUCUUCUUGAUUGGCUUAGGAUUUCAUAGCCACCAUAUCAAUUGUGGUCCUAUUUCCUUCUGCUGCCUUUAUACAUGUAGGUGGGCACAUUCUGGAUCUUGUGUUUAGGCUGGAUUUCAUGAUUGAAGAGGUGAAGACCACACUUUGUUAUGGUCAGAGCUUUCUCAAAUAGAGAUCAGAACUUGCCAUUUCUUCCUUCAGGGAAAAGGUCAUCAACAGAGAAUGAAUGAUGCAGCUAAGUUUCUUAUUUCUCUAAGGGAAAAUGUUGUGCAUCUGAUGGUUUAUUCAUAAUGCCUAGUAAGACGUCAUCAUCUGUUACUCUUAAUCAUUAAUAUAGUGGUCAGUAACCUCCAAUCAUUUUCCCAAACCUUUAUAUGAAGGGACUGGUAUUUAUUUUUUCUCUCUCUCUUUUAUUUCCUCAUUAAAAUGAGAUGAUGUAUUUAAAAAAACAACUGUGUUCCUUGAAACCUUGGUACUGGGAAUAUUUUAUAAAUGGGCCAGAAAAAUAAAAAUAAAUUGAUGCCCAAUAUCCCUAGACAGAACAACCAGCCAGAAGAAUGUAUUAUUGUGAUUAAUUAGCGCUUGUGAUGGGAUAGGACAAUAAAAUCUAUUUUCAGUGUGCACAGAGAGAACUUUAAAACAAUAAAUUCUAUUCUUCUUCACGUGCUUGCUCAUAUCAAUUCCAGUUAGGUAUGUGCAUGUGCCACAUGCACGGAUGUCGAAAACUUUUCCCUAGCUGCUACCUCUCAGGCUGGCUGAGGAGCCCCCUGGAGUGGCACCAAUAUGGUGCUCUAUAUAGGACCCUGCCGGCCCCCCUCAGUUCCUUCUUACUGCCCUUGACUAUUAUUGGAAAAGUAGUCUCGUUAUCAAGUGCUCCACUACUCUCUAGCUUUCUCUUAUCUUUGUACAUAGUUACCUUUGUUAGUUAAUCAUUAGUAGUUAUCUUAGUGUUAAGUGUAGCAUAGCAGUUGUGGGGUUCCUUCCCUCCAAGGAGCACCCUGCAGGGCUCCAGGGCAUGCCGUCCCAGGGCUUCUUGUGGCAAGCCCAUGCCCACAGGUGAUCCCCAUGACUCCUGCCUUAGGUGUCUGGGCGAGGUCCAUCAGGCAGACAGGUGUAAAAUCUGUAAAGCCUUUAAGCCUCGUACAAGAAAGGAGAGAGAAAUCUGCCUCAAGCAACUCCUCAUGGAGUCUGCACUGCAUCCCUCUCAGGAUGCAGGCCCAAGUGCCUCAGUGCACAAUGCUCCCCCAGCAGUACCGUCCACAGUGCCGCGGAAGGACCUGGCUUGCCCUCCUCG